AUGAGAGAUAGUGAAACAUUGCAAUUCAGUUUUCCUUUUCAUUCUUUCUUAGACACAACUUUUUUUCAAGAACUUUCGAGUUUAAAACUAGAUAUCUUUAAAUUGGAUAUAAAAGAAAAGAACAUCUAUGCUAAAUUGAAAUUUGAUCAAAUAUCUACAAAUAAAAAUGUAUUUUUGAAUUCUCAAAGUUUUCAUUUUGAUGACAGCAAUAAAAAAGAUACAAAUGGACCCUUAAUUAACGGUAAAUUGUACAAUUAUAAUACUAUCGAAGAGUUUAAAAAUCUUGAUAAAGUGAAGUUUUUAGAGGACAGAGCUUCAGACAUUUGGAAUCUAGGCAUAAAAGACAUUAAUAAUAUUGCAAGCUUUUAUAUUAUCAGUUUUGCAGAUUUGAAAAAACAUAAAUACAUCUAUUGGGUUUCUUAUCCAUAUUUCCAAAGCAAAAAUUUAAGUAUAAAAGUUAACAAUAAAGAUGAAGUAGAGCAUGAAAAGAACACAAAAUAUAGAACUUUUUUUAAUGAACACCCAAAUAUAUGGGUAGCCAUGACGACUGGAUUGCAUAUUGACUUAUACACCAAAGAAAGUUUUUCUGGUGCUCAUACUUUGCUAAUUAGGGAUAUGGGUGAUAUACCAUCUGUUCCAACUGCUCUUGCAAAAUCAUUUUUAACAAUAAUAAAACAUAAUCAUGAAAAUAUUAAUGAAAUAACAGUGGUGUUUGUUCGAUCUGAUCCAUCAAGUUUUUCAAUGUCUUUGAGUUUAAUGAUUGAUGAAAGUGUGGAUUCUAAUUUGGCGAUCGGUGGUUGGGAAAAGAAUACUAAUGGGAAAUUGACGCCUGUGGCGAUUGAUUUAAGCACAUUAAUAGAUCCGAUUACUAUUGUAGACCAAUCAGUUGAUCUGAACUUAAAAUUAAUGAAGUGGAGAAUUGCACCAGACUUAGAUUUAGAUAAGAUCAAAAAUUCAAAAAUAUUACUACUUGGUGCAGGUACAUUGGGUUGUUAUGUGGCACGUAGCUUAAUGGGAUGGGGCGUACGAAAGAUAACGUUUGUAGACAAUGGCACUGUUUCUUUGAGUAACCCAGUUAGACAGGCUUUGUAUGACUUUGAAGAUACAGGGAAACCAAAAGCAGAGACUGCCUCAGUUAAACUGAAAAAGAUAUUUCCAUCACUAGAUACCACUGGCGUUAUGUUAAAUAUCCCUAUGAUAGGUCACUCUGACAUAGAUUCAUCAUAUGACGAAGAAGCAUAUGAUAAAUUGGACGAACUAAUUAAGGAGCAUGAUGUCAUAUAUAUAUUGACUGAUUCAAGAGAAGCCAGAUGGCUGCCUACAGUUUUAGGUAACGUACAUAAGAAAAUUGUCAUCAAUGUUGCUUUAGGAUUUGAUAGUUAUUUAGUUAUCAGACACGGCAAUCAAUCGCAAGAGGAAGCUGAGCAACUAGGAUGUUAUUUCUGUAAUGAUGUAGUUGCGCCUACAGAUAGUUUAUCUGACAGAACUCUUGACCAAAUGUGCACUGUCACGCGUCCAGGUGUAGCUAUGAUGGCGGCUUCUCAAUCUGUAGAGGUUUUGGCGUCACUUUUACAAUCCAGAACUCAAGAAGAGCCGGUAGAACUAUCUUUACUAGGAGAAAUACCUCAUCAAAUUCGUGGAUUUCUAACGAAUUUCAAUAUUUUGAAGUUAAAAACUCCUGCUUAUGAAUUCUGCUCAGGGUGCAGUGAUAGGAUAGUUGAUACUUGUAGAUCAGAAGGUUGGAAUUUUAUAAAACAUGCAUUAAGUGAUCCAAAAUUUGUUGAAAAGAUAAGUGGAUUAGAAGAAGUUCAAAAAUCUGUAGAUAGAAUUGCUGAUAAUUUUGACUUCUUCGAUACUGAUUCUAUAGAUGAAAUUUCGUAA